CGUCCUCCACUUCCUCCACAUCCUCCACUUCCUCCACAUCCUCCACUUCCUCCACGUCCUCCACUUCCUCCACAUCCUCCACUUCCUCCACAUCCUCCACUUCCUCCACUUCCUCCACUUCCUCCACAUCCUCCACUUCCUCCAAGACCUUCACUUCCUCCACUUCCUCCACAUCCUCCACUUCCUCCACAUCCUCCACUUCCUCCACUUCCUCCACGUCCUCCACGUCCUCCACUUCCUCCACGUCCUCCACUUCCUCCACGUCCUCCACUUCCUCCACAUCCUCCACUUCCUCCACGUCCUCCACUUCCUCCACAUCCUCCACUUCCUCCACAUCCUCCACUUCCUCCACUUCCUCCACAUCCUCCACUUCCUCCACUUCCUCCACGUCCUCCACGUCCUCCACUUCCUCCACAUCCUCCACAUCCUCCACUUCCUCCACGUCCUCCACAUCCACCACUUCCUCCACAUCCUCCACUUCCUCCACUUCCUCCACGUCCUCCACGUCCUCCACUUCCUCCACGUCCCCCAUGUCCUCCACGUCCUCCACUUCCUCCACGUCCUCCACGUCCUCCACUUCCUCCACAUCCUCCACAUCAACCACUUCCUCCACGUCCUCCACGUCCUCCACUUCCUCCACAUCCUCCACAUCAUCCACUUCCUCCACGUCCUCCACUUCCUCCACAUCAUCCACUUCCUCCACGUCCUCCACGUCCUCCACGUCCUCCACUUCCUCCACGUCCUCCACUUCCUCCACGUCCUCCACUUCCUCCACAUCCUCCACGUUCUCCACUUCCUCCACGUCCUCCACUUCCUCCACAUCCUCCACUUCCUCCACAUCCUCCACUUCCUCCACGUCCUCCACUUCCUCCACAUCCUCCACUUCCUCCAAGUCCUUCACUUCCUCCACUUCCUCCACAUCCUCCACUUCCUCCACAUCCUCCACUUCCUCCACUUCCUCCACGUCCUCCACGUCCUCCACUUCCUCCACGUCCUCCACUUCCUCCACGUCCUCCACUUCCUCCACGUCCUCCACUUCCUCCACAUCCUCCACUUCCUCCACGUCCUCCACAUCCUCCACUUCCUCCACAUCCUCCACUUCCUCCACUUCCUCCACAUCCUCCACUUCCUCUACGUUCUUCACUUCCUCCACGUCCUCCACGUCCUCCAUGUCCUCCACUUCCUCCACUUCCUCCACGUCCUCCACGUCCUCCACUUCCUCCACUUCCUCCACGUCCUCCACGUCCUCCACUUCCUCCACUUCCUCCACAUCCUCCACUUCCUCCACGUCCUCCACUUCCUCCACAUCCUCCACGUCCUCCACUUCCUCCACAUCCUCCACGUGCUUUACAUCCUCCACGUCCUCCACGUCCUCCACAUCCUCCACUUCCUCCACAUCAACCACUUCCUCCACGUCCUCCACGUCCUCCACUUCCUCCACAUCCUCCACUUCCUCCACGUCCUCCACUUCCUCCACAUCCUCCACUUCCUCCACUU